AUGGAAAAUAAAGAAGAAGCUAAACAAGAAGCUACAGUAGAAACUAAAGCGGAAACUCAAGCGGAAACUAAAGUAGAAACUAAAGUAGAAACUAAAGUAGAAAAUAACGAAGAAAGUAAGGAAGAAAGUAAAGAAGAAAAUGCAGAAAAUAAGGACGAAAAUAAAGAAGAGAAUAAGGAAGAAGUUAAAGUGGAGGUAAAAGAAGAAAUUAAAGUGGAAGUUAAAGAGGAAAUAAAGGUAAAAGUUCAGAAAACGUUGAAAGAAUCUACUUCGGGAAAAGCUCAUUUUGUCGCGCCGGUUGUUCCUUACAAUCCCGAUGGCUGGGGCCCUUGCGAUUUGCCCGACCGCUUCAAAGACAUGCCGUAUCAGCCGUUUUCCAAAAGCGAUCGCAUUGGCAAGAUUGCUGAUUGGACUAUACCAGCUAAUCAUGACAAGAAGUUUGCAAACAAAUACAAUUCUCAAUUUGGUUCUGGUACUCAGUAUACAUAUUAUCAUGAUGAAGAUGAAUCUACCUUUCACCUGGUUGAUAACACUCGCAUUCAGAAACCUCCCUAUCAACGCAGAGGUUUUGGUGGUAGAAAUCAGAGAUUGCGUGGCAGAGGUGGUGCUCGUAGUAGUAUAAGUCAAAUGCAAGCUUUAGGCAAACUCAAACUUAGGGAAAGAGAGCGUAAGGGUCAAACUAAACGUUGGGGUCCACGACAAGGCAUGAGAGGCAAAAAUCAAAACCCUAUUAAAAUUCGUGAUGCAUCAGUCACUGUCAAAGCUGAAUGGGUUACCAUUGAAGAAAUGGACUUCCCAAGAUUGUCAAAAUUGACACUUCCUGGUGUCAAAGAUCCACAAGAUGUUGUCUGCUGUGGUGCCCUGGAGUACUACGACAAGACAUACGACAGAGUUAAUGUCAAGAAUGAGAAGCCCCUGCAAAGAAUCGAUCGUAUCUUCCAUACGGUCACAACCACCGACGACCCCGUCAUCCGCAAAUUGUCAAAGACAGAAGGCAACGUGUAUGCAACAGAUGCUAUUUUGGCCACUAUCAUGUGCAGCACACGCAGUAACUACUCGUGGGAUAUAGUCAUCGAGAAGAUUGGCAACAAGCUGUUCUUCGACAAGCGCGACAACACCGAGUUCGACUUGCUCACUGUGAACGAGACGAGUGUAGAGCCACCGCAGGACGAUGGAAACUCGCUCAACUCGCCAAGAAAUCUGGCCCUCGAAGCCACCUUCAUCAAUCACAAUUUCUCGCAACAAGUCUUGAAAUCCGACAUGAAGUACAAAUUCGACGAGCCCAAUCCGUUCGUGUCGGAGGAGGAGGAAGGCGAAGUCGCCUCCGUUGCUUACAGAUACCGAAAAUGGGAUCUGGGCAACGACAUCACGCUAAUUUGCCGUUGCGAACACGAUGCUGUGACUCAAGGCCCCAACAACGAGACACAGUUCUUGACGAUCAAGGCCCUCAACGAGUGGGACUCGAAGUUGGCCAACGGCGUCGAGUGGCGUCGCAAGCUCGACACCCAACGAGGUGCAGUCCUCGCCAACGAGCUGCGCAACAAUGCCUGCAAACUGGCCAAGUGGACGGUCCAGGCUCUGCUGGCUGGCUCCGAUCAGCUCAAGUUCGGAUACGUGUCCAGGGCCAGUGUUCGCGACUCGAGCAAGCACGUAAUCCUCGAGACCCAGCAAUACAAACCCAACGAGUUCGCCAAUCAGAUAAACCUCAACAUGGACAAUGCCUGGGGCAUCCUCAGGUGCAUCAUCGACAUCUGCAUGAAGCAAAAGGACGGCAAGUAUCUCAUCAUGAAGGACCCGAACAAGCCGAUGAUUAGGCUCUACGACAUUCCGGACAACACCUUCGACAGCGAAGGCGAGGAAGAGGACGACGACGAGGAAGACGUCAAGGAUGUCUUCCAAAGCUAAAUAUCAAUAUUUUAAGAAUAUCAAGUAUUAUCUGUACCGAUACUGUAUUAGCAUUAUAGCGCGUUUUUUAUACACAAUUGUACAUUUUUUAUAUUGUUUUCAACUCGAGGACUUGCACGUAUACGUGUCGAAAAU